UAAACGUUUGACUCCAACUUCAAGUCCGAAAAGCCGCCGGGUGCUGGUCGAUGAUUCAUCCCACGUGAUCGCAUGGCCUUUUCAUCAUGAACGAAUACGAGGCGAAGUUUGUGGCUGCGGCUACGGGGUCCACUAUGACGGCCUUGACGAUGACUCCAUUCGAUGUCGUCAAAACGCGGUUACAGACCCAGCCAGUCCAAGUAGGGACUCGGCUCCCAUCCGGAGCGUGCUGCCAACCCUCUAGUCUCCAGUGCGUUCGGAAGAUGUCUUCUCUAGCACGACCACUGGGUUCCGAGCGUAUUGUCUGUGUUUGGGAUCACGGUGUCUUCAAAACGGAGCCAGUGAGAGGGUUUUCGGACGCAGUCCGGCAUGUUUGGAGAGCCGAGGGAGUGCGUGGACUGUGGAAAGGUGUUGGAACUACACUAGUCAUGGGUGUUCCUUCCGCAACGGCAUACAUGCUGACUUACGAUCACCUUCUGAACAAUGUUCUUCCUAAUUUUCUUCCGGCUUCCGUCGUUCCACUCUCUGCUGGCAUCUUGGCCCGUUCAUCGGUCACCUCAAUCGUUUCCCCUCUCGAAUUGAUCCGAACCAACCUCCAAUCGACCCCGGCUCAUCCUCUUGUUCCACACACUCUUACAUCCGUCCUCACCUCUGUGCGAGAACAAGUGCGCCAAAAUGGUGUUCGCGUGCUUUGGCGUGGCCUGGGUCCAACGCUAUGGCGAGACGUUCCCUUCUCCGGCCUUUACUGGGCAGGGUAUGAAACUAUCAAGGGAGUGUUUCGGAGGAAUGGUCGCGAAGGAGCCGGUGUCGCUUUCAUAUGCGGCGCCACCAGUGGGAUGUCCGCUGCCUUGGUCACGAAUCCUUUCGACGUUUUGAAGACAAGGCGACAGGCCUUGAUCAUGACUUCCUCCGCCCAAAAAACUGCGAGCAUUCCGUUAGUGAUGCGUAUUUUGCAGACGGAGGGUGCUUCCGCCCUGUUCGCCGGUUUACUACCCCGAUUGGCAAAGAUUGCUCCCGCAUGCGGAAUCAUGAUCGCAUGCUUCGAGGGUGUCGGAAAACUGCUGGUGAAACGAUAGAGCUAGAGUACAGUGUGCAUCUAUGUAUUAGAUAUUAAUCCUCAUAUGUACUAUAAACACGGAAUAAUCGCAAUCCCAUGUCAUUUCAAUCGUCCCAUCUCGCGGUUCACCCCAGUUAGCUUGCCUGAUGUCUCAUCCACGCGAUUGGCUAGGUCAUCGAGGAGCUCGAUCUGGAGUACAAGCUCGUUGUUUAUGGCCUCCCCCAUAUGUCGUUGGCGCUGCAAUACAGCAGUCAACUGAGAGACCGUGGUAUCCUGCUCCUGCAUCUUGGCCUCUUGCAGCAUGAAGAGCCCAUGGUCAUCCAAUGGCCGUGUUUCCUCUGUUUCCUGGGGCUUUGGUGCUGCUGCCCCAAAGACCCGCCCGAAGGAUCUCGUCGCUGUUCCGCCGCUAGUGGAUCCACCCAGCAGCGCCUCUCGAUCAGUGUCAGGAGCAGUCCCACGGCCCGCGGAAGUGCCUGCGGACACGCGACUUGUUUGUCGGGCAACUGUGACCAUCUUUCCCAGCCUAGACGGAACAUGAACACAGGGAACGCCGCAGGAAAGGGACACAUACUUCUCGCAAUCGUCACGUAGUCUGGCAAUCAUAUCUGUACGCCGCUGCAGUUCCCCCUCGCUCAUUCCACCAAGCGCCAGCUCCUGCAGACCAGUUGCAAGCGUUCCAACCCGGCUGAUUACCCCCGCCAGUUUCUUCUUAGCGGCAACAUUCGAAGUAUGGGAGCCAUUGGUGUCACCUCUGUCGGCCAAUGCAUCACGUUUAUUGAUGUCCGCACGGACGUCCCUUAUCCUGGUUUGCAGCUCGAUAUGCUCGUCCAACCACGACGCAAGAGUGAAUUGACCGCUCUGUGGAAGUUCUCCUUGCUUGCCGAUCGCGAUUCCGAGGAAGUUGCGCAAGGCAUACGUAUCGCGCCACUUCUCGUCCUUGGCACUGACGAUGGCACGGAGGUACAAUUCAAGACCAGUUUUUCUCUCCUCGAGGAGUUUCGGGUCGGAGUGAGAGCGAAAGAUCGAUAAAGAGUGUUUGGAAGGCAGCGGGGCUGGUGGGGCGUCGCCUGUGGCAUCCCUCAGCGCAGAGUGCAGUUCAUCGAACUCCGAAUAGCGGCGCCACACGGACCAGUCUCGCACAUUUGCCUUCACUCUGAUCUCGUAGACAGUGUGCGGCGUCGGCGUCGACCGCUGUUCGUAUCGUGGUAUAAGGACAGAUUGAAGCAUGAUUGAGGUCACACGACGUCACUGAUGACCGUGCUGUGAACAUUGGACCGUAUUGGACGUAGAUGUGUUCCUCUUAUGAUGGCUUUGUCCCUCUAACUAUCACAAAACGUGCGCCAGCCCUACAGUAAACAGCGAAUACGUGCCCAAACACCCACCAACCCAGCCCUCUCGACUUGAGAAACUGACAAAAUCCCGGAAACACGUUCUGCGUGAUGUCCUCCAGUUGCAUGAGCCUCAUAGUCUUGAUGACGAAACGGCUCCAGCUCGAUUCAAAAGCUUCGGGACCGAAACAUAUGUCCGCUAGGGCGAUGGAUCCGCCGGGCUUCAGACCCCGGAAGGCCUGACGGAGGAAUUCCAAUCUGGGAUUAAAAUGGUAGGCGCAGUCCAGCGCCAGUAUGGUCUCAAAGCGCCCCUCGGACGAAGGCAUGAGAGGGUGAUCUGGAUUACGGGAACCAGCCCGCCAUAUUGCGUCGCCAACGUGCAAAUCGACCCUUGUUUGGAAUCCUU